UUCAGCCUCCAGUCCCCUGAUCAUCUUUGUUGCUCUUCUCUGCACUCUUUCUAGAGCAUGGGUGUCAAAUUUGCCAUGUCAUGAUGUAUCGUGAAUGUUCACAACUUUUCUUGCUUUGCUGGAGCUGUGGUGCACGAUGCAACCGCCCCGCGGCACCCCUGUUGUAGAGUCUCAACAUUUUUUAUUUAUUUUUUUAAUAUCGUGGUGAUCCAAGCUGGAUGCAAGACCCAGUGUGUGUGUGUCCUUCUCCUCCCAUCCAAUGAGGUCACAAUCCCACUUUCCCUUCAGCUGCAGGUUUGCUGGGGAUUGUGAAUGCUUUGCUGAGGACCCCCAGCAGCCAAUCAGCAAGCGGCCUGAGUCAAGGGCUGUUGGGUGCCCCCCAAGUGAGGACUACCAAGAAGACCAAGCGGGUGGAAGAAGCAGGGGAGAGCAAUGAAAAUCCCCAACAAAAACUUUGCUCAAGAUUCAGCAGCACAGGAGAAGAAGACAGUAAACAUAAGUGAACAAUAGCGUUGGACUUUUAACAGAAACCACAAGUAGCAGUAUCUAACAGGCAUAUAGAAAAUUUCCAGGAAAUAUACAAAUAUUUCCUAAUAGAGAAAUUUCUUAACCGUGAGAACUCAACACUGAAGGCUUUUAAGAAGGGACUGGACGACGUUUGUCCGGAAUGGUCCUGGCGGGUCACCCGCUUCAGAAGCGGGGGGGGGGGGGUUGGACUACAAGACCCCUGAGGCAGACUGCCUGCCCUGCUCUCUAGGGCCAGAAGGCAGCCAUGGCCCCGAAAAAACCAGCUGCGCCACCGCCUCCUCCGCCUCCAGCCGAAGGCGAGGAAGUGAUCCACGUGCCCAAAUUCAAAGCGAUUCCCCCAGAGGUGAAAUGGCGGGUGAUCAGACUGUUUGGAGUCUUCUGCUUCGUCGUCUUCAUCGCAGCGACGGUUGCCUAUAUUAAGUUGCUUAAUGCGCCCCCCAGUCCUUACAUAGAACCCAUGAAUUCCAUUAGGAGGACCAUGUCCAACGCCUUAAGGAAACCGGCCAUCAGUGCUCUAAGCGAUAUGGGCACUGCGGAGGAGGUGAUUCAGCUGCCAAACUACCAGGAAGAUACAGAAAAGGCUUAUCUGGAGAAGAAGAACAAGUAUCAAUCCAUCUUUAAGAAAGGCUCGGUAAAGGCUGCCACUCACUGGACGCUUUUUGGGAAGAACCUCUACUACAUAUCGAUCGGUAGAAAGACCUGGUACGACGCUCAGAACUUCUGCCUCUCCAGAGAUUCCCACAUGGUCUCCAUCUUAAAUGACGAGGAACAGAAGUUCGUCUCUUUGCAGUUCAAUGAGUCUGCCUGGAUUGGUCUAAGCGAUGAAAAUGAUGAGGGCAUCUGGCAGUGGUCCGAUGGGUCCAGAUUAACAAUACAGUUCUGGGAUGUUGGGAGUCCUACCAUCCUGAAGAAGAAUGGAGAAAUGGAGCGAGACUGCGCUUACAUAAGCCCUUCCUCUGGCGUAUUUAACUGGAAGGAUGACAAUUGCCACACACUUAAGCAAUGGGUUUGUAAGGAGAUCAUAGUGAUGGAAGAUUUAGAAUAUUUAAGCCAACCCUAAUACUUGAAGCCACCCUAGAUGUGAACACAGUUUUUGUUUUUCUCCAUCUGAAACAGUAAAAUAAUGAAAGCUC